AUGAUAACCAUUCAUAAAUCAAGAACUACAGACUUUUUAAACAAUAUGUUUUCUGAUCUAACUGCUGAACCUGCCCAAUUUUUUAAUUUUCUGCGGAUGUCUACGUCAGAUUUUGAAAUAAUCCUGCAGAAAUUGUCACCUUUGAUACAAAAGAAUGAUACAAGUUUUAGGAAAGCAAUUCCAGCAAAAGUACGAUUAGCUUUAACACUACGUUAUUUGGCAACAGGGGACAGCUUUAGAAGCCUGCAUUAUCUAUUCAAAAUGUCUCAUCAAAUUAUUUCCAAAAUAAUUCACGAGACAUGCACUGCCAUUCUAAUGGUUUUAAAGGACGAAGUUAAGAUGCCUUCAAAUGAGCAAGACUGGUUGGAAAAAGAAACCGAUUUCCAUAAUAUCUUUCCACAUUGCGUAGCAGCUAUGGACGGAAAACAUAUUGUUAUACAGUCACCGUAUCACAGUGGAACUGAAUUUUAUAACUACAAGCAUACGUACAGCAUUGUUCUGUUAGCAUUAGUUGACAGAACCUACAAAUUCAUAUUUGCAGAUGUUGGAUGCCAGGGAAGAAUUAGUGAUGGAGGUGUAUUUAGAAAUAGUUUACUAUUCCAGAAACUAAGUCGAGGUGCUCUUAAUUUACCAGCUCCUUUCACACUUUCUGGUUGUGACAAUGCAAUGCCUUAUGUAUUUGUAGCAGAUAAUGCAUUCCCACUACAAACAAACAUUAUGAAACCUUACCCCGGUGAACACCCAGAAGGAAGUUUGAAAAGAAAUUUCAAUAGAAAAUUAUCACAAGCUAGAAUUAUUGUGGAAAAUGUGUUUGGAGUAAUGUCUAGCAUUUUCAGAGUACUAAGAAAACCAAUACCACUUCAACCGGAUCGUGCCUCUAAUAUUGUAAUGUCAUGCGUUUUACUUCAUAACUUCCUAAGGAAUAGUAAAACAUCUCAUAAUUUGUACAUCCCGCCUGGCUUCUUGGAUAGGAUUGAAAAUGAUGAGGUGAUUCCUGGCACUUGGAGGAAUGAACAACCAGUUGACAGUGCCUUGCGUUCACUGCCAGCUGUAGCCAGCAGAAAUGCUUCUACACCAUCAAACAUACGGGAUAAAUUUGCUCAAGUUUUCGUCUCACACAACACACUUAAUUAA